AUGAAGACCUCCCUGAUCGCAUUUGGUGCCCUCCUCGGCCUGGUUUCGGCCCAGCAUGCUGUCGUACACAACGACUGUGCUGGCACCGUGUAUGUGCAGUCGUUCCCAUACGAUGGCAGCGCCGCCGGCCCUCUCACCACCCUUACCAAGGGGGAAACUUUCUCCGAGAAGUUUAGAGCAUCUGGCUCGACCGUCAAGAUCGCUAAGACGAAGACGCUGACUACGCCUCUCUUCUUUGGCUAUUCGCUCACGUCCAGCCCAAACUACGCAUACUAUGAAUUUAGCUCGGAAUGGGGCAACCCCUUCGCAGCGGAUGCCAACUCGCUCAGUCCCGGGGCCGGCUGUAUGGACUUUGACUGUGCGGCCAAUGACGCCGCUUGCUAUAGCACCCCAGCUCAUAAGAAGGUCUAUGGGUGCCCCCGGCCAGUUAACCUGACGGCGACCCUAUGCCAGUAG